CGGAAGUCCCGCCCCUUUUCCCCCCUCGCUCGCAGGUUGUGGUCCAGUCGCAACUGAAACGCAAUGCCACGCAAAAUUGAAGAAAUUAAAGAUUUCCUGCUUACAGCAAGGAGGAAGGAUGCCAAGUCCGUUAAGAUCAAGAAGAACAAGGACAAUGUAAAGUUCAAGGUGCGAUGCAGCAGGUACCUGUACACAUUGGUCAUCACAGACAAAGAGAAGGCUGAGAAGCUUAAGCAGUCCCUGCCCCCUGGUCUGGCUGUGAAGGAGCUGAAGUAGAUGUCUCUCUUGUACAAAAUGUAAUAAAAUUGGGAAUGUUAA